GAGGCCUGUUCCAGGAAGGAGGCAGACGGUUGCUACAGAAACUGUGAGACAAACGACCCUGGGGGUUGGGGGGGGGGCUGUCAAAAUUUUUUCUGCAAGUGGUGACAGCUUUUGAAAUUUCUGAGUUCUUGUUUAUAUAUCGCCUGCUCUCAUUAUGCUGCUGGCCUUCCUCUUGAUUUUGGGCCAAGUUUCUACUGCUCCCCCAGCCAGAGAAACAUACAGGAUGCCAGCCAGUGCACUGCAAGCCCUGUCUGAUCGCGGAACCGUGGUUCUGGAGGCGGCCUUGGCCAGCGCUUUGACGGCCCUGGAGUUGGCGGCGGCGGAGCGCAGCUGGGCCGAGUCCAGCUGCCGGGGAUGCGUGCCGUGCCUGUUCCAGGACUGUGGGCGGCGCUCUGGACCCUGCGCAGCCCCAGACACGGCAUUGGAGGAGCCCACCUGCGAGACCAUAGGCGAGGCUCAAAAGUUGCCGGACGAGGGGGAACGGAACUGGGCGCUGAGCCAGGCAUGUGGCUUCUAUCGCCUGCGCUGCCCGGAAGCUGAGAGGGACAGGGGGCGCUGUGUACGUGUCAUGGGGGAGAGCUGCAGCGCACGCGUGCUCCGGUGUAGCCUCCUGAGCACCAUACGCAGCCUGGAGCUCCUGCCCAGCCCUCAGCCAGGCAUGAAAGAGUUCUGUGGGCACCGGGUCCCAUCGGGCCAAAACGUCACCCAGCCACGCUCGAGGAUUGUGGGUGGCAAGUUGGCCACCCCAGGGAGUUGGCCCUGGCUGGUGAACCUGCAGCUGGAUGGGGGGAUUAUGUGUGGGGGGGUGUUGGUGGACAGUGCCUGGGUGGUGACGGCCGCCCACUGCUUCUCGGGCAGCCGAAGUGAGAAUUACUGGACGGUGGUAGUGGGGGAGUUUGACAUCACCAAGACUGACCCUGAGGAGCAGGUCAUGAAGGUCAAUCGAAUCAUCACUCACCCAAAGUUUAAUCCCAAGACCUUCAACAAUGACAUCGCUCUGCUGGAGCUGGCAUCCCCUGUGAUGAUGUCACACCGUGUGAGCCCCAUCUGCCUGCCGUCCGGCCAGGACCCUCCGCUGGGGGCGUCCUGCUUGGUGGCUGGCUGGGGCUCCCAGUAUGAAGAUGGGCCUUCAACUGAGCAAGUAAUGGAGGCCAAAGUGCCCCUUUUGCCCCAGAGCACGUGCAGGAACGCCCUGGGCAAGGAGCUGCUCACCAACACCAUGUUCUGCGCCGGCUUUCUCAGCGGCGGCGUCGACUCUUGCCAGGGUGAUUCAGGAGGACCCCUGAUCUACCAGGACCAGCCCUCUGGCCGUUUCCAGCUGCAUGGCAUCACAUCCUGGGGCGACGGCUGUGGGGCGAAGGGGAAGCCGGGGGUGUACACACGCGUCACAGCUUUCUCUGACUGGAUCCUGGGGGAAAUGCAAAAAUCUUCCGGAAGCCGGGAGCCCACGUGUACCGAGCUGUUGAAGACGUCCGAGCUUCCUGAAGAACAGCAGAGGUCGGAGUUCAGCUCCCUGUGUCGCUUCUACACUGGAUCCUGCCCCCCUGCACAGGGCGCUGCAGCCUGCAGCCAGGCAGCGGAGGAGAGGUGUCGAGGCCGCCUCAGAAAAUGCCAGAUGCGCUCAUUCCUGCAAACCCUGCUGGACCUCCUGCAGCGUGCAGAGGAUUACAUUCGGGACAAAGUUGACCUGACCUUCUUUACUCAGACCCUUCCCCAGCUGGUGGACCACAUCUACAACACUGCCUACUCCACACGUAAACGCAGGACUGCUCCAACACUGCCAGCACAGGUAGGGGUCACCAUGUCACCUGAAGCCAUGGGUCAUCGCCCACCUUCCUUUUUCAAGGAAGUGGGACCCCAGGCAGGCGACUGGGCAGACUUCCUGAGGGACAUUGCUAAGCACUGGGACCAGCAGCCUACUACUGAAGAUGUUCAGUCUCUGCCCAGGGAGAGGAGCCUCUUCUUACAGGAGGGAGACCGUGCUGUUGCCCAGCUGCUGGGGGAGUACCGCUGGCUGAUUGGUCGGCUGCGGUCCAGGUUAGAAAGAGGUGGCGUAUUAUUGGCCACCGCAACGGUGAGCAUGUCAGCGGUACCUGUGCCCCGGGAUCCAGGCCCAGAAUCACACAAGCUUGGAGGUCAGGGGCCUGACCCCGGUUCAGGGGCCCCAUCAACAGCACAACCACAGGAAUCUGUCAAGCCGCUCUGUCCCUGUGUGACAGCUGCCAGCGGGAAUGGGCUUCCGGCCCUCCCUCCAUUCCAUCAGUCACCAACACCUGAUGACACUCGUGCUGGUGGGGAGGAAGUUCCAGAUCCUGUUUGGACUCCUGCUACUCCGCCCAUGGCGAAGCUAUUUCCGAACUCUGCCAUCUUCAGGACGCAAGAAGCAGGAGCCCACAGGAGAUGGAAAGGUCUGCGUGAGAGACGGGCAUCUGGAGAAAACGGCAAAGCAUGUCCUGGGGUGCUGGAGGUGGUGCACAACACCAGCCUGAUCAGAGACAUGUACCGCUGGGUCCUGGGGAUCCCUACCAAGAACCUCUGCAUGAACUUCCAGGAGGUGCUGGUAGACCUGAUGACGAAGAAUGAGAAGGGGCUCUACGAGGCCCGCAUCCGGGCCAUGGUGGGUGGCCAUACCCUCACAUUCCACUGCCUGGUGGGCCUGGAGAACGAGGCCUUCUAUCGCAGCAUGCCCCAAGUCAUCGCCCUGGCUCUAGACGCGCUGAAAGCUUAUUAGAGACGUGGCCUGGAGGUGGGGCAGGGGGCUAAUAUCUGAAAUGCCUUGAUGGGUAGACACAGGGUGUCUCGUGGAUAGUGGGACCAUUGAGCCUCCACUUGCUGUCGCUGUCCACAGGUGUGCCUGUGUCGGCAGAGAUGGGGGGGGGGACUCUGCUGCCUCCUAGCUGUCAGGAUUCAUCAUCGUACUUCUGCACACAUGCAGCUAUUCUAGGGCCUUCUGGUAGAAACAUGUAUGUGGAUGUAAUUGUAAAACAGGAUUCAUAGCAUGGAGACUAGAUGUGAUGCCGUUGGAUGACCUGCCUUCUCACAUGGCUGUGAGGGCAGAGCAUGGAUGCACGUGCACACAUAUAUACACACACACACACACACACACACACACACAAACAUACACACACAUUUGGCAAACCUGUGUUUACAGAGAUUGAGCCUUUUCUGAGUGAAGCAGACAACAUCAUUAACGUAUUUUCAAUUUUUUAGGUAUUUAUUUGCAUGUACACAAAUACUUUGUAUUUUUGCAGAAAAACCAAGAAAAGAAGAUGAAAAAGUGACGAGUUUUGUUUCCAUUGUGUUUUCUUUGUGGUGCUUUUUUAAGCACUUUUUUGAUGAAUCCUCAGCUGCCUCAAAGGCCUGGACAUCUUCCUCAUUCCAUUUUGGAAAAUAUUUCUCACAAACAAAAAAACGUUGCUUAAACAAAAUAAUAACAUUCAUCACACCCUCCAUCUCCUAACCUUACUGGUUUCCUCCCUAGCCUACCGGAACCUUCUGUGGCCAGAUAUGUGCAGCACCAAAGCUACCUAUAAUAAAAAUUGCCAUGAGGGCUCCGGGCCCCUAACAAGAACAUUAAGAUGCAGCCAUGGAGAGGUAGGAUUCAAUCGUUACCACAGAGGCCCUAGUCUUGUCUAAAUCAUUUAGCUACCCUGCCAGCUAUGGCAAUUUAAAUAAAUUUCUGGGUAUAUUCUGUGUUCUUCAUUUCUUGUUUGACUUAUUAUGCACAGCAGAUAGACACCAGUAGGAAUUUAUCCCAAAGUCCUCCAAGGCUUGUGUUCACAGAACCACACAAAUAUACUGCUGCCUGAUAAAGGACAAUGCAGAGAAGGACCACACCUUCUCAGCUCUCCUUCCAUAGCUUCCAUGAAGUUCACUAUCUUGAAAGAAAGAAAAUUCUGAUGCUAUUGUUUAUCAGAGAUUAGGAUGAACUGGCAUCUCUUCUGGAGAAUGUUCGUUGAGCAUCACGCUAAAUCUGCUCCCUUAAUUAAGUCCGUUGGCUCCUCUUGUUUAAAAACAUUUACAAAAAUCACAAAAAAAUUCUUCUGAGAUCAGGAACGUGCAAGGUGGGAUAAUGAGCUUAAGAUAAAAUAUUUAAGAACUAGCGCAAUCUUUAAUAUGUAUACACUAGCUCGGUGACGUGUUUUUUUUCUUUGUAGUCCUGAAGGCAUGUCAGCGGAGUCUUUUUUGGAAACCUCUUUCAACAGGAACCAGUAGGAGUCUGCCAGUAUGCACACAUCCUCUCUGAAAGGCUGGGCGCGUCCCAGACGUUGUCAGCAUGCCUGGUCCUGUGCGAUCGUUUGCUAGUCAGCUGUCCGCUCGGGUCCCGAGUGGCCGAAUGCCUGAAUAUCCGUGAGAUUUUCUAAAUGCUUCACUGAUGGUUUGUCCGCAAGGGGAACCGACAGACACAGAUGGUGACGGGAAACUGUCGGGGCUUGGA